UUUAACAUGCUGGUGAAAUAGCAGUAAAACGGGUGUACAGUGUCAGAUAUUUCUAACAUUUUUCUUAUUUAUUUAUGCACUUGGAUUUCCAUAAUAAAUUAAAGCACUAAAACUGAACUUCAGUUAACAUUUAUCGAAUAUAUUGGUUCAAGAUGCCCGGGCUCAGCUGUAGAUUCUACCAGCACAGGUUUCCAGAGGUGGAGGAUGUAGUUAUGGUCAAUGUAAGAUCCAUAGCGGAGAUGGGCGCUUAUGUGAGUCUGUUAGAGUACAACAACAUCGAGGGCAUGAUCCUGCUCAGCGAGCUCUCCAGACGACGUAUUAGAUCCAUCAACAAACUCAUACGGAUCGGCCGAAAUGAAUGUGUGGUGGUCAUUCGUGUGGACAAGGAGAAAGGCUACAUUGAUUUAUCCAAAAGAAGAGUGUCCCCAGAAGAGGCCAUUAAAUGCGAAGACAAGUUCACAAAAUCUAAAACUGUAUACAGCAUUUUGAGGCAUGUCUCUGAAGUUUUAGAGUACACCAAAGAUGAGCAGUUAGAGAGUCUGUACCAGCGAACAGCCUGGGUGUUUGACGAGAAAUACAAGCGGCCAGGAUAUGGCGCUUAUGAUGCCUUUAAGCAGGCAGUGUCAGAUCAGUCCAUUUUAGAUGACCUGGAUUUGACAGAGGAGGAAAGGGCUGUCCUGAUUGAUAACAUCAAUAGACGACUCACUCCACAAGCCGUCAAAAUAAGAGCAGACAUUGAGGUGGCCUGCUAUGGCUAUGAAGGCAUAGAUGCAGUUAAAGAUGCUUUGCGGGCUGGGCUGACCUGUUCAACAGAGGCCAUGCCAAUCAAGAUCAACUUGAUUGCACCUCCUCGCUAUGUUAUGACCACGACCACACUAGAACGCACAGAAGGCCUUUCUGUGCUCAAUCAGGCCAUGGCUGCCAUUAAAGAAAAGAUUGAGGAGAAGAGAGGCGUCUUCAACAUUCAGAUGGAGCCAAAAGUCGUAACAGACACAGAUGAGACAGAACUGGCUCGGCAGUUAGAGCGACUGGAGAGAGAGAAUGCAGAGGUGGACGGAGACGAUGAUGCAGAGGAGAUGGAGGCCAAGGCUGAUGACUAGCUUCACCAAAAAGAAUAAACCAGCAUUGUCAUAAUCAUUCAGAGGACUUAAGAGUUGAAGUGAAUUGUUCAUCAUAGCACAAGGACUGAAAAAAGAGUUGAUGGAAAAACUGUUUCAUAAUAACCAGAACUGUGAGCAAAUUGAGGAAAAGAAGAGGAUUUCAUUAAUGGACGUUGGUUGACUUUUGGGAGGGAAUUAUUUUCAUGACAACUGGAUUUUUGCUUUUGAGAACCGCAAUAAUGCAAAAACUAUUUCAUAAAUGUGGUUGUUUUAAAUGGCCAGGUGCCUCACAAAUUCUUGAAAACCCCAUAAUAUCAAUCAACCAGUUUACUUCUGUUUAUCAGAGCCUAUCUUUUUUGUGGAUUCUGAACUAAUUAAAACAUG